AUGUGUGUUGGUGCAGUAUACAUCGAUACGAUCCUUACAGUUCCUCACUUCCCACAAGAAGACUCCAAACUCCGUGCGAAGAGAAUUACGCGUCGGAGAGGCGGCAACACCGCGAAUACAUUGGAAGUCCUCGCCCAGCUUGUCGAACAUGACCCUGCUCCGUCAUCAGGACACAAAUGGACGUCCGAAGAACCAGGAACACGGCUCCAUCUCCAGUCCGUGCUACCUCGCUCGUUGUCAAAUGCUACUCGCUUCAUCAUGGAUUCCCUCCCCGGGAUAAACUUUGAACAGAGCCUGUUCCGUCAAGAUCACGAGGAAGCUGCGUCUAGCUACAUUAUUCAGAGCCAGGCAACGCUCUCUCGGACGAUUGUCAGCAUCAACGAACUCCCGGAGAUGACGGCCGAUGAUUUUAUAUCGCGUAUUGGCACUACGGCAGAAGAUGAUGUAGUCCAGCCGCCGCAGAAACGCUGGGUGCAUUUCGAGGGCCGGAUCCCCGACGUGACGCUCGAGUGCGUGCAGUACCUCCGCCGUGAACAUGCGGCGUUCAAGGUCAGUGUAGAAUGUGAGAAGCCGGAGCGAGAGGGCAUGGUUGAAGUUGCAAAGUUGGCGGAUGUGGUGUUCUACUCGAAACCGUGGGCGGAGGAGAACGGUUUCCAGGAUGCGAAGACAUUUCUUGGUGUUCAAUUAGGUAACACACGGAAUGGCGCCCUGCUGUGCUGUACCUGGGGUGCUGGCGGUGCCACGCUUGUCCAGAAUGAUGGGAAAGGUGGUCAGGAGUGGGCAACUGUCGGAGCAUGGAAGCCAUCAGGGGUAGACAAAGUGGACGUUUUUGAUACCACCGGAGCUGGGGACACUUUUAUCGCUGGUAUGCUAUUCGCCAUCAACAACCACGAAGAAUGGACGUUGAAAAGGAAACUCGAAUUCGCAAAUGAACUUGCAGGUCGUAAGGUCCUCCAAGAAGGCUUUGCCAACCUAGGGCAUAAGAUAUGGUAG